AAGCUCACAAUUGACAUUGCAAUUAAUUCAAACUACAACUAUAGCUAAGUUCUGCACUUGGGUGGGACAAAUACUAACACAAAGAUAAGAGUUGAAUUGUUCUUCACAUCGAGAGUUGCCAGCGGAGUCGAUGAAUCCGGUCCAUGCAUGGCUGAGUCAGCAUUGAUGUCCUGUGUAUCCCAUCCCCUCAGCACAGCAUUCAAACAAACCCACGUCCGACCCACACCCUAUAUAAUAAACCUAUAAACGCCACACGCUCAACCCGCAACUUCCCAUCACCGCACCUCUCAUUAAAAAUCAUUAUUGAUUAUUCUUUUCUUCCUCACAAAAACAAAAAAUCAAACUUUUCCAUGGCUUCUUCCAUUGGCUCCACAUUUGCCGGUGCCGCCCCGAGCUGCGCUAGAUUCAAGCACCACCUUCACCAGCCAAGCAGGAUUUCGGCAGCUCACGCCGCCGCCGGAAGGACAUCGACAUCCACCUCUCACAUUGCUCCCCAGACUUCGUUAUACGAAGUUCUCGGGAUUCCGAUGGGGGCCACGUGUCAGGAGAUAAAGGUCGCGUACCGGAGAUUAGCCAGAGUCUUGCAUCCGGACGUUGCGUCGUCUCAUAAUACCACUAGGGGUAGCCAGGACACUUCAGCGGCUGCCGACGAGUUCAUGAGAGUUCAUAAAGCGUAUACGACUCUUUCUGAUCCGGAAAAGCGCGCUGAUUAUGACCGGACGUUGUUCCGGCUGAGACGCCCGGCAUAUGUAUUGUCGGCCACCAACAGGGGUUCCGGGUAUUAUGCUCGCCGGACUUGGGAGACUGACCAGUGUUGGUAGCACAACCUGGCAGCGAUCCAGACAUCAAUUAGCUCAUCAAAUUUGAUGCCUUUUCAGAUUUUAGGAAAUGUAAAGAUACUCCCUUUCUUUUUAUUGCAUCUGCUAGUAUCAAUUACUAGGAGCAAUUAACAUGUACCGUAGAUGCAGAUUCUAGAAUCAGGCUGAGUUUUAGGUGUCUGACUUGGAAUACUGGCUGUUGCUCCUACUUACAACAUGGUAUUUUCGAAGAAAAAUGCAAUUCCCACUACAAUUGUUCUUAUCUUAAUGUCAGAACAAACAAUAAUAUGUUGUAUACUAGUAGUAAUUUUCUUUGUGAGUUAUUAUAUCUACUUUUUCCUUUG